CUUUUUGGAAAAAAAAUACAGGUACCCAAAAUGGCUGAAAAUGGUGAUAGUGCAAAGGUGCUGGAUCUGGAAAACAAAAUUUGCCACCAGAUUGAGUACUAUUUUGGUGACUUUAAUCUACCAAGGGACAAGUUCUUAAAGGAGCAGAUCAAGCUUGAUGAUGGCUGGAUACCUUUGGAAACAAUGAUCAAAUUUAACAGGUUAAGUCGCCUGACAACGGAUUUCAAUGUAAUAGUAGAAGCAUUGAAGAAGUCAAAAGCCGAACUUAUGGAAAUAAGUGAGGACGAAACAAAAAUUAGAAGGUCUCCAAACAAGCCCCUCCCAGAAGUGACUGAUGAGUAUAAAAAUGAUGUUAAGAACAGAUCUAUCUAUGUUAAAGGUUUUCCAACGGACGCAACCCUUGACGACAUCAAAGAAUGGUUAGAAGGGAAAGGUCAGGUACAAAACAUUCAGAUGAGGAGAACAUUACACAAAUCAUUUAAGGGGUCAAUAUUUGCUGUGUUUGACAGUGUUGAGUCUGCAAAGAAGUUUGUAGAGGUGCCAGGGCAAAAGUACAAAGAUACAGAGCUGCUAAUUCUUUUCAAGGAAGAUUACUUUGCAAAGAAAAAUGAAGAAAGGAAACAGAAUAAAGUAGAAGCUAAGGCAAAGGCUAAACAGGAACAAGAAAAACAGAAGCAAGCAGAAGAAGCUGAAUUGAAAUCCCUGGAUGAAAAGAUUGGAUGCUUGAUGAAGUUUUCCGGUGAAUUAGAUGAUCAAACUUGUAGAGAAGAUCUACAUGCGCUUUUCUCUAAUCAUGGAGAAAUCCAAUGGAUAGACUUCGUCAGAGGAGCAAAGGAGGGGAUAAUCUUGUUUAAAGAAAAAGCGAAAGACGCCCUCGAUAAAGCAAAAGAAGCAAAUAGUGGGAAUUUACAGUUAAGAAACAAAGAUGUAACAUGGGAAGUACUGGAAGGAGAAACAGAGAAAGAAGCAUUGAAAAAAAUCAUAGAGGAUCAGCAAGAAUCUUUAACCAAAUGGAAGUCAAAAGGUCGCAAAUUUAAAGGGAAAGGAAAAGGUGGUAAAACUGCCCAGGGCUCACAAAACAAGGGCAAGGUACAAUUCCAGGGAAAGAAAACAAAAUUUGAGAGUGAUGAGGAACACGAAAAUGGUGAUGAAACAGCACCACUGAAAAGGGCACGGGAGGAGACAGAAAAGGAAGAACCUGCAUCAAAACAACUGAAAACAGAAAAUGGAGCUGAAGACAAGUAAUGUCAGAUAUUUUUAUUCAUUUUAAAUGGAUUUUACGCCAUUCCUGAUUUUGGAGGUUUUUCAAAAAGAAAACCGGAUUAAAUCCACUUCGAUGUCAACCUGCAACAAAAGGAAAAGGUCAUAUUCGUUUUGUCCAGAUGUGCUUUACUCUGUGCUAAUCUGGAUGGCUUUUAUAUGUAUAGUUUUGUUUAUGUUGAACAUUUCACAGGCAUCCAUGAGGCAGAUGUUUAAAGAUUCUUCCACUGAGGCUGGCUUUCUACUAUUGAGAAAAUGUAAGAAACAAAUAAAAUUAUACUAUAUAAAAGA